GCUUUCAGUAUGUAACAAAAGAUCCCAACUAAAUCCCCAACAUGUGCAAGUCCUUAACCUUAUACGUCUUUAUUUCUUUGCAGCAAUGACAUGCAGAUUCACAAGCCUCUCCGAUGUAAUUCCCCGGCGACUUGAAACCCUCCAAGAGACCAAAAAAAAAAAAAAAAAAAUCGACAAAGCAGAGGUUGUCUCAGACCUGACCUGAUCUGUCCUGAAGGGCGGAUUGUGUGUCAGUUAUAUAUAUAUAUAUGAUAUAUGAAAGGCAGGCCAAUCAUCUUUGAUUCUUGUGUCGCCGCCUUCGCUAAUUCUCUAGGGCCACCAUUCGUACUUCCCAUCUAGUAAUCAACCCCCACGCGUCCCCCUUCGCGUUACGUCCUUAUAUGAGUGUGCACACUCUCCCAUUUCUCUUCACUGCUUUUAUUGGUCAGUCCCCAACAUUCGCCCUGAGGCCACUCUGCAAAGCAAAACACCACCAUGAAAAUGGAGGAAUACGAUUUCUGUUCCACUCUUCAUCCACUUCACUCUUACGCUCCUUCACCUUUCACUUCUAGUGUUCAUAAUCCCGAGUUCAACAACAUGAUGAUAAACUCCCAUGAACCCAAGUUGUUCAACGACCCCAAUCUCCGAUCUCUCUUCCCUCUACCCUAUGAACCCGACGGCCCUUGUUGCUUCUUCACCCCAGACCCUGAUCCAGACCCUAUCUUCCCUUCUCUCCCCCUCCCUGAUCUCGACUUCUCCCUUUUCUCCUCCGAUAUCCCUGACCCAGCCGGCCACCCUCUUCUUAACCUCCCCUCCCCUCCCCUCUUCCUUUCUGACCUCCGCCCCCUCCACCGUCUUCCUCCUCUCUCCGCCUCUUCCACUCCCAAAUCCAAACGCACUCGUCUCGACUUAGUCCUUUCCCACUCCGACAACAACCCUCAAACACUCGACUCCAUCGUCAAGAGCUUCAACGCUCCUCCUCCUCCUCCUCCAAUAAUCCCUCACAGCGAGCUCGCCCGAAAGCGGAGGCAAAAGCGUAGCGACAAGACCCGUUGUCUCCAAAAGCUAAUGCCAUGGGACAAGAAGAUGGAUAUGGCCACCAUGCUCCAAGAGGCUUAUAAGUACAUCCGCUUCUUGCAAGCUCAAGUCUCCAUUCUCCAAUCCAUGCCCAUCACUUCCAGCUUUGUGUCCAUCACCCAACAUCUUAACAAUGCUUCUUUUGAAGUCGACUUUGCUGGGUUGGAAAGGCUGAACCGGCAACAGCUUUUGCAGGUGUUGAUUAACUCUCCAAUGGCUCAAACCAUGCUUUGUUCACAGGGUCUUUGCGUUUUUGCUACUGAGCAGUUGGUUUCGCUUAACAAGGCCAAGGAAAGGAAAACCAUGCUUCAACAAUUUCUCUUUGGGAGAGAAAGUGACAGGCUGAGUGACAUAGCUUUUGUUUGUGCAUGCGAUGAAUAUUGAGUUAAACAGUACGAGACUGAAGCUUUAUGAUCAGCCAGCCAACCUCACCUCUUCAUCUCAAUACUCUCUUUGCAUUUUGGUGAGUAAAUAUUGUACAAAAUUGUGCUUUGAUGAAAGCCUCCUUUUGCCACAUUCAUGGUUUUUUACACAACUCACUCUUCAUUUCUGAAGCCAAUUACUUCGGUUGCUUAUUGUUUGUAGUGCUGAGUGCCCCUAUGUUAAUGUGACCAAGGUUUGGUCCAUUGAGGUUUCAGUUUGUAACUCCUUAUUCCUUCCAUUGGGCUUUAAUUAUAACUAAAUGGCUACUUUAAUUCAUGGA